AUGGCUGAAGAGAGGUACAGCAGUGCCAUGCAGACAACGCAGACAGUUAUAGCCCUUUCGGGCACGGAGUUGGACGCUCUAACAAGGUGCAAGCCCUCGCAGCUGUGGUCCCUGGGUCUACUCCUGGCGCUCCUGCUAGUCCUCUGCGGCUCCCACGGUGCCUCGGGAUUCCUCACCGGCAGAAGCAGCAAUGGCGCCGGUUCGGGAGGAGCCCUGGUUGCGUCGUCCUUUCUGCGAUCCCUGUGGAAGCGAGCCUCGAUGCGUGCCUCGAUGCGCAACUCGAUGCGCGACUCGCCCAUCUACUACGUCAGCACGUUCGUGCGCAACAAGACGCCCGCGCAGCAGCAGGCGGCCGUGCUGUCGCCCCUCUUCAAGAUCCCCAUCGAGUUCAUGUCCAACGCGAGACCGCUCGACGUGGUGAAAGGCAUCCGAAAGCCGUCCUACUCGAAGCCCUACCGGAAACAGUCGCUCUACCAGACGUCCAAGAUGAUCCUCAUGCCAAUCAAGUUCUUGGCCAAUGGCAAGCCCCGCCGACGCGUCGUCAUCAAGACUCCGCCCCAUUACUUUCGGAUAUAACAGACCAGGAACCAAUCACGAAAAG